AUGUCAGAAGAACGACACGACCAAGAUUCAAACGAAGCUGCAACUUAUGAUAAAGUUUUGGAGAAAAGAGUUGUCAGAAAAGCUGAUUUUUACAUGCUACCUGUCCUGACCACGGUAUACCUUUUGGGUAUAAUCGAUCGGUCUAAUGUAGGAAAUGCCGGUAUAGCGGGAUUCGAUUACAAAUACUUGAAUACCACACCUACACUUUACAAUUUUGCCGUAGCAACGUAUUUCAUCUCUUAUAUGAUAUUCGAAAUCCCCGCAAGCUUAGUAACCAAAAUUUUAGGAUUUCAAGUUUGGUUGCCAAUAAUAAUGGUUUGUUGGGCGAUUGCUGCUGCGUGUCAAGCUGCAGUUACAAACGUGUAUCAAUUAUUUAUAGUGAGAUUUUUAUUAGGAAUGGCUGAAGGAGGAUUUCCUCCAUCUGUAAUAGAGUACGUCGGUCGAUUUUAUGCCAGAAGAGAAUUAACCUUCAGAUACUCUAUCUUUAUGGGCUUAAUCACCUUAUCUGGCGCACUUAAUGGAGUCAUUGCAUUCUUCAUAGUUCAAAUUUCAAAUUCACCAUUACAUGGGUUCCAAUGGCUAUUUAUAAUUGAGGCCAUACCAACUGUCAUUACAGCUAUAGUUGUUGCUUUAUUUAUGACUCGUGGUGGUCCCGCAGAUGCUCGUUUUUUCACACCUGAGGAACGUAAAUUCGCUGUUGAUCGUCUAAAAUCAGAGGGAGGUCCUGCUGAAAUUGAUCGUAACACCGCCAAAGCUCAGAUUAAACUCGCAUUUGCUGAUUUUAAAGUUUACGUUUACCUAAUAAUGCUAUUGCUUGCUUCAAUCCCAUUCAACGCUCUUAAUUUCUGCCUACCAAUUUUAGUUAAACAACUUGGAUAUUCUAAUAUACAAGCUCAAUUAAUGGUUGUACCACCACUUCUUGUUGCAACUGUCUGGAUGACCCUUAAUGCUUGGUCAUCAGAUAGAUACCAGACGAGAGCCUUGAACUUAAUGAUCUCACACGUAAUAUCUAUCAUAGGAUUAAUAGGACUUCUAGCAACUGAUGCUAAAAAUCCUAGUUUAUACAAUUUAAGAUAUUUUUUCACGUUUCUUUUGGCAAGUGGGGCGUACUCUGUGUUACCAGUAAUUUUCAGUUGGUCCUCUUGUAAUAUUGUUGGUCAAUAUAAGCGUAACGUAUCGCUUGCAAUAAUAUUAACCCUUGCUAAUACUGGAGGAGUCAUUGGAGUUCAACUUUUCCCACCUACGGAUGCUCCGCAAUUUAUUAUGGGAAAUUUCAUAUGCAUGUCCGCUGUGCUCGUGCAAUGUAUUUUAGUUAUUGGAAUGAAAUUUUAUUUGGAAUAUUUAAAUAAGAAACGUGAUUUGGAAGUAUUAGCAAAACAUAAUUAUAAAUAUGAUAGUGAUUUGAUGAAAAAUAGAAAGAAGCUUAGAGAAAUAGCUAUGAAAUUAGUGGAAGAUGAACCGAAGUUUGAUGAAUUGGUGUGUGAUAGUCAUCCUAACUGGAG